AAUCUUCAUCAGGCUACAUUUCCAAUCACCUAAACAGCCGGGCGAGGCGAGCGCGCCGACAAGGUUGGCCGCCGCGGAGGGUGUUUUGAGGGCGCGAGGUAGAUGGUGAAGCAGCCCAGCGGCGGAGGGCAGGCCAGGCCCCCAGGAGCCACAGCGUGAAGGACUUCGCGGCGGGAGCCCUGACCUGCUCCGGCCUCAGGCGCCUCCGCCCGGCUGUUAGCAUGAUGUCUUACCUCAAACAACCCCCGUACGGCAUGAACGGGCUGGGCCUGGCCGGCCCCGCCAUGGACCUCCUGCACCCCUCCGUGGGCUACCCUGCCACCCCGCGGAAGCAGCGACGGGAGCGCACCACCUUCACGCGCUCACAGCUGGACGUGCUCGAGGCGCUGUUCGCCAAGACUCGCUACCCCGACAUCUUCAUGCGCGAGGAGGUGGCGCUCAAGAUCAACCUGCCGGAGUCCAGAGUCCAGGUCUGGUUCAAGAACCGCCGCGCCAAGUGCCGCCAGCAGCAGCAGAGCGGGAGCGGCGCGAAGAGCCGGCCGGUCAAGAAGAAGUCGUCCCCGGUGCGCGAGAGCUCAGGCUCCGAGAGCAGCGGCCAGUUCACGCCGCCCGCCGUGGCCAGCUCCGCGUCCUCGUCCAGCUCGGCGUCCAGCGCCUCGGCCAACCCGGCGGCGGCGGCGGCGGGCCUGGGCGGGAACCCGGUGGCCGCCGCGUCCUCUCUGAGCACACCUACCGCGUCGUCCAUCUGGAGCCCGGCCUCCAUCUCUCCCGGCUCGGCGCCCGCGUCUGUCUCGGUGCCAGAGCCCCUGGGCGCGCCGAGCAACGCCUCGUGCAUGCAGCGCUCGGUGGCCGCGGGCGCCGCCUCCGCCGCGGCCUCCUACCCCAUGUCCUACGGCCAGGGUGGAAGCUACGGCCAGGGCUACCCCGCGCCCUCCUCCUCCUACUUCGGCGGUGUGGACUGCAGCUCCUACCUGGCGCCCAUGCACUCUCACCACCACCCGCACCAGCUUAGCCCCAUGGCGCCCUCCUCCAUGGCGGGCCACCACCACCACCACCCGCAUGCACACCACCCGCUGAGCCAGUCCUCAGGCCACCACCACCACCAUCACCACCACCACCACCACCAAGGUUACGGUGGCUCCGGGCUCGCCUUCAACUCUGCCGACUGCUUGGAUUACAAGGAGCCUGCCGCUGCGGCUGCCGCUGCCUCCUCUGCCUGGAAACUCAACUUCAACUCUCCCGACUGUCUGGACUAUAAGGACCAAGCCUCGUGGCGGUUCCAGGUCUUGUGAGCCCAGGAGUGAGGAAGUGGAGAAGAAACGCAACUACCUGCGCCCUCCGUGGUCCCCACCCUGUUGCUGCUGCUGCACCGCUCGCCUUUGCCUUGGCUUUUCCAAAACUCAAUUUUCGCUCCCCCCAAAAGAUGGUCACUGCCUGCACCGCCGCUCCCAUCUCUGUGCCACUUGCUUGGGGGUGGAGGGUGCAGACCCCCCUCCCCGGAGGUGGGGCCCGGUGGUUCUACUUGGCCUCAGUUUCCUCCCAGGAUAGCAGUGUGCUCUCCCUCUCGACUCCUGCGCCACCCCUUUCCAGUCUUUCUGGACAGCUCUUCCGCACCCGGAGCCUUGUGAGGCUCUCCCGCUCUGACCCUGUCUGUUUUGAGCUCAACAGUCUUAUUUAUUAUUUCUGGACACUGAAGUCACUAACGGGCGUGUACCUACCGUUCGGAGCGCAAUCCACACUCCUCCAAAUCAAACCCACCGCUGUCCCUCCCAGCAGACUGUCGCCCCUCCAGCUGCCCUCCACCCAGCUCCCCGCUGCAGGCCAGAGCGGCCAGCGUUUCCACCCCCAGUGGCGAGCGCUGGGCCAGGCCUGCGGGAGGAGGGUGCCCUAGCCUUCUUCCCCGACCUGCGCUGGACUGAUUCAAGCUUCCGCCUUGGCGGGAGUGCUGUACAUAGUCGGGUCCGUUCCAGGGGCCACUUAAAAGUUUU